AUGCGGAACCGGAUGUCCAUUUUGGAGAAGCAGUGGACUCAGUGCCAAAAGCUACAUGCGGACCUCAAGGCGGCAGUCAAGCCAGCGGAGCGAGAUGAAUGGCCGUAUUUCAGUGAGGAGCAAUUUCGGAAGGCGACAGAGGACUACUACGAAGCGUCUGACUAUCUGAGCGAAGUAUUAGAGAGGUUGACGAGACCUACCGCUCAUGUAACCGCAAGUAGUACUUUAGAUUUAAGCUCGGGUCCGCCAAGCUCAAUCCCGUUGCCGCGAAUAGAGCUUCCUAAGUUUUCCGGUCAGUAUACGGAGUGGGUCAAUUUUCGGGAUAUUUUUGAGUCGAUUGUGAUAAAAAAUGAAGGCCUCACAAACGUGCAGCGUCUGCAUUAUUUAAAGUCGAGUCUGACUGGCAAGGCUCGCACUGUUAUUAAAAAUAUUUCCGUUACCGAAGCGAAUUAUGAGUUAGCAUGGGGAGCCGUGAAAGAACGGUACGAAAAUAACCGCGCGAUUGUUUCUUCUUAUCUGAAUAUUAUCCUAGAAGCUACUCCGAUGAAGGCUCAUUCCGUCUCCGAAUUGAAACGAAUGCAUGAUAGUAUUAAUGAUGCGGUCCUUGCGUUACGUAGUCUCGAGAGAAAUUGCGUCGAUGAUUUCGUGGUUGCCAUCCUGUCCAGGAAACUUGAUGUGAAUACCCGCACUGAGUGGGAAAUCAGCUUGGGCAAUAAACGAGAGCCAGCUUCCUUUAACGAACUGAGCACAUUUCUUGUUGGCAGAAUGCUGGCUUUGAAUGCAGCGGGAGAUACUCGCAGUUCAAAUAAUAGUAAAACAAAUCGCUCAGCAGCCACCAAGUCGUUGACGGCUGCCAUCUCUAAUGUUAAAUGUUUAUACUGUGCGGACUCGCACCUUUUGUUUCAAUGCGCUCAGUUUAAAUCCUUAUCCACGGAGCAGAGAAAGAAUGUUGCGCGGCAGCACCGUUGCUGCUAUAAUUGUUUGAACAAAGGCCAUUAUCCGCGCGACUGUAAAUCGCGGGGCCGCUGUGCACGUUGCCAACGCAAACAUCAUACGCUUCUGCAUGACGACGAUAUCAGCGGGGGACAAACGACAAUGGGUACACCUGCUAUAGCGAGCACAUCCAGUGUAAACACAGUAAAUGACGCCCCCUCUAAAUCAAGUCUUUCAGCAAGGGUAACAACUCCUUCACGUUCCUUCCUGGUCAAGGGUACUGUACUACUCGCAACUGCAGGAAUCUUUGUACGUACUGAUGGAGCGCGUUGUAUAAACCUUCGAGGCAUGAUUGAUACGGGCGCUGAGGCUACAUUUAUCACUGAAAGGGCUGUUCAAGCCUUAAAAGCAAAGCGUAUUAAAGUAUAUUACACUGUCACUGGCAUGGGUGAUCUACAGGCUGGGAUCGUUACUCAUGCAGUUAAGCUCCAUUUAAGUGCGGGUAUACAGUCGAGUACUACAGUUACAGUGAUCGCGUUUAUCCUCCCUGUACUUACUUCUUAUGCUCCAAGAAGUCCUGUUGAUUUACUUGCGCAUCUUCAUUUGCAGAAUUUAAAAUUUGCGGAUUCUGAUCCAUUCAGUGAUGAACCUAUCGAUUUACUGAUAGGACUUGACUAUUAUAAGGCCGUAACAAUGGAUGGAUCCCGCCGAGGACCGAGCUCUGAUCUCAUGGCGAAACCUACUAUCUUUGGCUGGGUUGUCUUCGGCCAGUGCAACGACACGUCUGAAGGAAAUCCUAGGUCGGUGUCCUCGUUACGCUGCUCUAGCUCUCCUGGAACGGAUGCGCUGAUGAGGCAGUUUUGGGAGAUAGAGGAAGUCUCGGUUUCUAAUCCCCUCACUGAAGAGGAAGUCGAGUGCGAAAGGCACUUCGCAUCUACACAUUCUCGUUUGCCAAGCGGACGCUAUCAGGUUUGCUUACCUUUUCGGACCGAUUACUUGAAUAAGGUCGGUCGCUCCUUUCACGUCGCUUCUGAUGCCUUUGAUAGGUUAGAGCGACGUCUAGCUCGCGAUAGUGCAUUGUCUGCCAGCUGUCGUGGCUUUCUUUCUGAGUAUGAGCAAAUGGGUCACAUGACCCGUGUAAACCCGAACGAGGUCAUUAAUAAUAAUUCGUUAUAUCUGCCUCACCAUCCAGUGGUGAAGGCGAGUAGCAGUACUUCCCCUGUACGGGUUGUAUUCAACGCCUCAAGUCCCAUGGACAACGGGCAUUCAUUAAAUGAUCUGUUGCUUACUGGACCUAAGCUGCAGUCAGAUCUUUGCUCUAUCAUUAUGCGCUGGCGAACUCAUCGCUUCGUUUUCGUCGCUGACGUCGCAAAGAUGUUUAGACAAAUUAUGAUUCAUCCGUUAGAUACUGACUUUCAGAGGAUAUUGUGGCGUCCUAGUUCAGGCCAGCCGAUCCAUCAUUACCGUUUAAUCACCGUCACGUACGGAGGUUUUCACCUUCGUAAAUGGACGUCAAACUAUGACGAAUUGUUGUCGGAGAUACCAGUGUCGGAUCGACUGGAGGACAAUAGUGUCGAAUUUGACGAGGACUCCUCCUUCAAGGUUUUAGGAAUUUCGUGGAGUCCUAUACUUGAUCGAUUCCAUUUCAGGAUACAAAUUCCGGAGUUUCCGGUGAUCUCGAAACGUAGCGUGCUGUCCGCCAUUUUGCUAUUCUUUGAUCCACUGGGUUGGAUUGCCCCUGUGGUAAUCACCGCUAAAAUUUUCAUGCAGGAACUAUGGCUGCGUAAGGUUGAUUGGGAUAGCCCGCUCUCGAGUGAUCUAGAGAAACGAUGGACUGAGUAUUCUCAUAGUCUGACAGAUCUCAAAGAGAUUUCGAUCCCAGGGUGGACAAAUCAAAGCAACUCCGAUCUGGGUAUCGAGUUGCAUGGAUUUGCGGAUGCUUCAACACGGGCCUAUGCGGCCGUUGUAUACAUUCGCAUUAUUCACACUGGAAGCAGCUUUGGAGUAACACUCUUAGCCUGUAAAUCUAAGGUCGCUCCUAUUAAAACAGUUAGCGUUCCCAGGUUAGAGCUGUGUGCAGCUACCUUACUAGCUCGUUUUCUUAAAAAUAUUGUUAGUACUUUAAGGUUAAGUUCAGUACCAGUAUACUGCUGGUCAGAUUCCAUGAUCACACUUGCUUGGAUUAAGCAGCACCCCAAUACCUGGAAGACUUUCAUAUCCAAUAGGGUAUCAGAAAUCCAGAGAAGCUUGCCGCAAGCUCAGUGGCUAUUUGUCGGGUCUAAAGAAAAUCCCGCAGACUGUGCGUCGCGCGGCAUCAGCGUUCAGGAGUUGAAGUCGCACUCGUUGUGGUGGAGUGGGCCUCAAUGGCUGCAGUCACCCUCGACUGUGUGGUCGGAACAGCCCUCCUCCCUUCGAUCGGACGGAAACAUGGAACGACGUAGCGUUCCAGUUUAUUUAGCUCAGCGGGGCGCGGCAGGGUGGGAUCUUUCCGAGCAAGUUUCCAGUUGGCCUAAGUUGUUGCGGAUCACGGCCUAUUGCCUAUUGUUCGUUCAUAAGGUUCGACAGCGCCUUAGAAGGGCGGAUAGUGAUCAAUUAGGUACGUUAUAUGUGUUGAGUGACGCUAUCAGACAGGCUCGUAGUUUUUGGAUUGCGUACGUACAAAAGAUUAACUUUUCGAAUGAGAUCCAGGCAAUAAAACGUGGUGAGGGCCCGUCUAAAUCUAGUCCCUUGAAAAAUCUAAACCCGUUUUUAGACACGAAGGAUAACCUUUGUGUCGGGGGACGUCUCUGCCGGGCGUCCCUCUCUUACGAUGAGAGACAUCCCAUCAUACUACCGAGGCAUCGCAUAUCGGAGCUGAUUGUUGCGCAGGCACACGAUCGAACGCUUCACGGUGGGACACAGUUGACGUUAGGAGUUUUACGCCAACAGUACUGGAUUCUAAAUGCUAGAAACCUUGUAAAACAUCACAUUCACAGGUGUGUUGUUUGUGUCCGCCACAGAGCUAUUCCGAUAUUGCAGCAAAUGGGUGAUCUGCCGGACGUUCGAAUAAACCCUUCUCGUCCGUUUCAACAUACCGGCGUAGACUAUGCCGGUCCUUUUCAUGUCCUUCCGAUAGUAGGACGUGGCCAGCGGACACACAAGGCUUAUGUGGUUGUGUUCGUUUGUUUGGCCACUAGGGCCAUACACUUGGAACUGGCCAAUGAUUAUACCAGCGAUGGGUUUUUGGCCGCAUUUAGAAGAUUCACCUCUCGUAGGGGUCUUCCGGUCUCAUUAUUCAGUGAUAAUGGGACCAAUUUUCAGGGUGCCGAAAAAGAAUUGCGCAAUGCGUUCAGAGCUCUGUCGCGUGAUCCUGAUCUCGUCGCGUAUUUAGCCUCCGACGGCAUCACUUGGAGAUUUAUACCGCCCUCAGCCCCACAUUUUGGAGGAAUGUGGGAAGCGGGCGUAAAGUCGGUUAAGCACCAUUUACGGCGUGUAAUUGGUGCUCACACGCUUUCAAAUGAGGAGUUCACUACAUUACUAACUCAAGUGGAGUCAUGUACCUCGCUGAUUGCGAUGCCUGAGGAGUCCGUAUUGGAUUUGAGGGAAACGCGACUCAAUCGUUGGCAGCGUGUACAGCGGAUGCACGAGCAGUUUUGGCGGAUAUGGUCGCGAGAUUAUCUCCACACGUUACAGCAGCGCUAUAAGUGGCGUCAGAAAUCGACUAGUUUCAAAGUCGAUAAUCUAGUAUUAGUUCAAAACCCGUUGCUACCGCCAACGAAAUGGGAGCUUGGGAGAGUAGUAAAAAUCUAUCCUGACCCUCAAGGUCUCGUUAGGGUAGUGGAUGCAGUCCGUUCUGCCGAGGUGAGAAAACGAAAACAGGAGGAAAAAUACAAGAAGAUCUCUCCACAGGCUGGAUUCCCACUUCCAACACAGUUAAGAACCUCAGCAGUCACGUCCCAAUCCAAAGAGUCUGUACUUUCAAAAGGACACAAUUUUGUCGUUACCCCCACAAGCAUUCCUACGGAAGAAAUUAUCAGCCAAAUUGAGACAGUUAUCUUCCGUCUCCCACCCGAAGCAAGCAACGACAUUAGACAACGAGCAGUCAACAUCCUCCGCAAGACUAAACCACCCAGCCAAAACAUCAGCAGAGUAGAACGCUUGGCACUCCGGAAUAUGAGACAGAACAACAACAUUCUAAUUCUACCGGCGGAUAAAGGAAAUGCCAUAGUGGUAAUGGACAAAGAAGAUUACUGUAAUAAGGUCAAUGCUAUGCUCUCGGAUUGCAGCGUUUAUAGAAAACUGAAACGGAACCUGACAUCCACCAUAGAGAAGAAAACAUCCGUUCUGCUCAAAAUUCAGGCUUCUCUCCUGAAAUUGCCAAAUACCUUAUCCCCCGGGAAUCGUCGGCUCCCAGAUUCUACAGCCUCCCCAAGAUUCAUAAGGAAUCGGUCCCUCUUUGCCCUAUUAAACGGAGAUGAUACCUUAGGCCAUCAGGUGUACCAAAAACCAACCCACACUGACCGAUAUCUUCACGCAGCUUCCCAUCACCAUCCGUCACAAAAGAAUUCAGCUAUCAGCUCAUUGGUAUACAAAGCCCUCACAGUUUCUGAACCAACGUUCCUAGAUGAGGAGUUACAACAUCUUAAUCAGACCUUGACUAGAAAUGCGUACAACAGCAAGAACGUUAAUCAGAUAACUAAGAGAUUAAAGAACAAGAUCUCCAGUCCCAAUGACACCAAAACUCUGGAUGAAGAAAGAGAAAAAAAAAUGACGGCUGUCCUUCCGUAUCUUCAAGGUACAACAAAGCGCAUAGGCAGAAUUUUGAGUAAGCAUAACAUCAAGGAUCAAAGACCAACCCUGAAAACACCAGGUGUGUACAAGAUACCUUGCGUCUGGAAAAGUGUACAUAGGAGAAACCAGGAGAAAGAUCAGUACACGGAUCGAGGAACACCAGAGGUGUGCCAAAUACAGCCACUUUUUGCAAUCAGCCUUGGCGGAACAUUGGAUGGAGACUGA